GCAGAAAGGAGCAGCAGCAGCAGCAGGUAGCAGGUUCCGCGAGGACGGAAUUUGAACGCAACGGGAACGGCACACUCGACUGAAGCGGAGAACCGAGCAUGGCACCCCACACCCAAACCGCCGGUGGAGUAGGGGGCAUCACGAUAAAGCAACCAUUUCAACGGCGUCAGUGGCCAUACAACACGGUCAACACGGCCGGCACGGCAACGAAUGCUGUAACCGCCGGCACCACCACCACCACCACUAACAACAACAAUACGACAAACGCUGCAGGCAGCGGCACCUCGACGCCGGCCGGUAACAACAGCACUAACAUAAGCAUAAGUAGUAAUAGUAGCAACAGUGCCGCGGCCAGCAGCAAUGGCGGCGGUGCUUCCCACACGACGGCAGCCGCUGUUGCGACUGGAACGACAGGGGCAGCGGCAUCAAGCGCUGGAGCGACGACGAGCGCCGCAGCAACAGCAGCCACCAUCACUGCCUUUGCGACGACCCAGUCACAGACGAAUGGCAGCAGCUUCUCCACCGCCAACAACAGCAACACUGCCACGGCUGCUGCCGCCGCCGUCGCACUGCUGCGGGUCGCUUCCGCCGGCACAUCGGCCAGCCUGGCCGUGAGCCCGGCGAACAAGCUGAAGCGCCUGCAGCCGACGACGGUGACGGCAUCGACUGCUGCCACCGCACCCCCAACCACCACCGGUGUUCAGACAGACGGAACAGGUAAAAGCAAUAGCAGCAACAACAGCAAUACCGGCGGCAGCAUCCACCACCACGUGGCCGCCUCCGCCAAACGGUCCCGCCCGAAUCAGCAGGAGGGCGCGGGCAAGAUUGUGUGUAAGUCGGUCGGCACGAACACUAACGGGCCGCCCGCACUGGUGGCGGUCAGCAGUGCUGCCAGCCAGAAAAAGUUGACGCAAAUGGCGAUCGUUGCGGCGAGUGCGGCCAGCAACAACAACAACAGUCCCAGUCAGGCGGCGAUGUUGAUGAAGGCCGCUGCAUCGUCCCUACCAGCGACGGCAGCGACUACCACCACCAACACCUCCGCCAGUAUGCUGACGGCUGCCGCAGCCGCCACAGCCCUCACGGCGGACCUGGCAAAGGCUAACAAAAUCACGGGAUACUUCAAGUCGCAGCUGAAACCGCCCAACACGUUCCAGAGCUUGAAGAAAAGCAUCAAAACCGUUGCCGGACGUGCGUCGGCAAUGCAGCAGCAGAAGCGGAAGCAGCUUACGGACGGCUCCACGGAAGGCUGCCCGGAACUGACGGCCGCCUCUACCGCCACCACCAGUAGCACCACGACUACGAUCAAACUGCCAAUGAACGGGACGAGGACGACGGCCGGUCUCGUCAGCACUGCGACGAGCUCCAGCUCCUCUACCUCCCCGCCGGCACCCUUCUCGGAGGUGGACGUGGAGAAGUAUUUGAAGCUGUUUCAGCAGCAGACGACAGCACUGGGCAAGCCGGCAAAUGCAAUAUCACCAGCGACGGUAGCGCUCGAAGCGGUCGCUAUAGCAACGCUGGCCGCAUCCGAGGCGGCCGCCACUGCCAACACCACCAGCAGUAGCGCCAGUUCUUCAUCCUCCUCCUCAGUGGUGGCCACCUCCACCAACAGCAAUGCGGCGAUCGUGUCGAAAAAGGUGGAGCGCAAGACGGCACGCAUCGCGCCAACCGUGUCGGCCACGCGCAAGAUCAGCCACACCGUACAGGGCGGUCUUGGGGUGGGUGGAGCGUCGGUCGUAACCGGACAGACAAAGAAGCCCAUCAAUAUUGCGCCGCGCACCACCACGGUCAGCAGUACGACCGCGGUCUACCAACACACGAUCGUGGCGGCACCGGCGGCAACGAGCACUGCCGCCACCAGCAGCAACACUACCGCCAGCGUGCACCACCAUCACCAGGCGACUUCGACGACGACCACCACCACGCAAAAGACUGAGCAUCCUAUGCUGCUGGGCAAAACGAAUCCCUCGCCGCCGGUCCUGCUCACCACCAUCCGUCUGCCGGCUGGUACGGCGGCGGCGGCAGCGACAGCGGUCUCCCAACAACAGUCACAGCAGCAACCGACACUGCCAACCGUGUCGUCCCAGUCGCAAACGGUACAGACCGGUGCUACAACCCAGUAUAAAACGAUCGUUCCCCACCCACCAGCACCGGCAUCUUCCAGUGCUGGCGCCUCCACCGCCGCCGCCACUACAACAUCAAAGCCAUUGUCGAGUUCAAAACAUACGACAGCGGUCAAUACGUCUGCCGCCGACACCACCACCACGAUCGCCCCAACGGCGGCCGUCUUUCAGUUUCACCACCAUCACCAGCUGACGGGAGGAGUGGGACCCGGCCAGAUACCGAAUCUGGUGCAGAUCUCGAACCUACUUCCCCUGGCCCAGCAGCCGCCAAAGCUAGCCGGCGGUGCUUCCCUCACGCUCACCACAGCGGCUAGCGCGGCCGCCAUCCAGCAACAACAGCAACAGCAGCAGCAGCAACAACAACAAUCGGCAUCGGCCGCGGCCGCUGCCGCAUUCGCAUCCGCGCUCGGUACCGGCACCCCGACGGCUACUGCCGCCAAUCUGCUAGUCAACGCAAACGGCCUCAGCAGCGGUGCAGCGGCCGGGCUGCUGCGUAGCGGAGCUGCCAGCGCCAAUGGCAACGCGUCUGGCCCGGCGGCUGGCCCAACGCCACAGCUCGUCAUGAACGCGACCAUCAUCAAAAUCCAUCAAAUACAGCAGCAACAGCAGCAGGCGGCCGCUGCCGCCGCCCAGCAAGCGGCACAGCAGCAACAGCAGCAACUGAUGGCAGCCGCGGCCAAUUCGGUUGCGAACGCGGCAGCCGCAGCGGCAGCCACCCAACAGCAGCAAAGCUUCACCAUGGAGGCGUCCGCGAUGAACAUGAACUUUAGCGGCAUGUUUGCCACCAAACCGACUACCACGGUGGUGCCGUACUCGUGCCAGACAACGGCGGCCGGGCGCGCAACCGCCUACCACCAGCAGCAGGCUGGCCCGCAGGCCCUGUACUCCUCGGCGCUGAACCACUUCGCCGCCGCCCAGCAGCACGCACAGCAACAUCAUCCGCAGCAGCUGUUCAUGACGCCCACGGGCGGGAUAUUCGUGAACGCGGCCGCCAUCCCGGCGAUGAUCAGCUCGCAGCUGAGUGCGGCCUUCACCCAGGCGACGGCCAACAUUCCCGCGCUGCAUCCGCUGCAGCCACCCCUGCCAGCGUCGUCGCAAGCCACGACGAGUGGCAGCGCAAACGGUGGCAGUGCCGCCGCCUCCGGACAGUUACCAAAUAUCACAGCUAUCAUCCAACAGAGCAACGGCGGAACGGCCGCUAGCGGCGGCAGUGCUGCUGCCGCCCAGCAGCAACAACAGCAGCAACAUCAUCACCACCAUCACCACCAACUACUGGCGAAUAUUUCGCCUGCAAUCCUCUCGAACCUACAGGUAGCAACGGCGGCAGCGCUCGCCGGCGCUGGCACUGGUGUGAGUGCGAACAAGCUCGCUCUCGGACAGGCAACGCCGGUGACGGGCGCUCAGUUUGUGCCAAUCUCGGCUGCCGCACACUACGGUGCCGGCACCACGAUCUACGCAGCGGCACCGCAAACUCUCUCUAUCGCGACGUCGAUGCAUCACGCACAGCAGCAGCAGCAACAGCAGCAGCAACAACAACAACAACAGCAGCUGCAACACCAACAACAGCAACAGCAGCAACAGCAAGCAAUCCUGUCGGCGGGUGUCCAAUCGCUCUCUCCGCCACCGCUCGUGGCCACCGUGCCAACGUUCACCACCACCAGCAAACCGAUCAUGAACGCCGUACUGAACGGAGUCUCGUCAGCGGUGUCGUCCGGUGCAACACCUUCUUCCGGUGCGCAAAAGCUGUCCCUCGGUGGUGAGCCGCCGGGGCUAGUGCCGGUACAGCUUUCGAAGCAACCGCCGGUUGUUUCGUCGACUGCUGCUGCACCACUUCCCAAGCUGGUCCGUUCCGGGGCGCUCCCAGCGCGCAGCAAUGGGUCCACGCAAACGUCCGCGAUCGUUGUGCCGCCAGCCGCACCCACCUCACCGCCGGCGCUCAACCCGCUCACGGUGGAUUGUGGCAGCAGCAACGACAGUGGCAUCGUGGCCAACUCCAGCGACAGCGAGGACAAGUCGCUCACGAUCGAUCUCUGUUCGCCCGGAUCGCCGUCCGACACGUCCGACACGGCCAAGAAGGGCGAGGAAGGGGACGAGGAAGAGGAAGAAGAUCAUCAUAUUCACGAUCACCACCACCAUCACCAUCAUCGUCAUCUGCAUCAACGGCAUCAUCUACAUGGCAGCAAGGACGAUACACGCACCACGACGUCAUCCCGAUCGUCACCGCUCUCUACCUCAUCCUCGGAAGACUCCGAGGAUCUGAUGAUCGUCGACCAUCAUGCGCCGUCGGCAGAGACGAAUACCACUGCAACGGUAGCAUCCGUUGCGGUUUCACCGUUUCCGCCGCCACUGCGGCUACUGUCCGAUGUGGCAGUCGCGGCUGCCGAGGCAGAAGCCGCUCUCCAUCAGCAGCAACAGCAGCAGCAGACAACUUCUGUGGUGCAUCAACAACAACACGCCACGACCAAUUCGUCCGUGCUAGAGCUGAUCAGACAGAAGCAUGAACAGCAACAGCAACCGGACCAAUCAUCGAUGGAGCAGGAUGAGGAGGAGGACACAUCAUCGUCCAGUGCCAAGCCAGAAGAGCAGCUGCUGCAACAGCAGGAGCAACAGCAGCAAUUGCAGCACGAACCAAUGUCCGUCGCUUCGUCCUCGUCUGGAACGGACAUGCAGGAAGACUACAGUGCCGUCCCCACGCCCCAAAGCAGUAGCUCGUCCGACGGUACGCUGACGAUGCAACAGCAGGAGCCAAAGUCGUCCUCCCAGCUCGACGCUCGCCAUGCAAACGCAUCGCCCAGCUGCUCGCUGUCGGAGCAAUCCUCCUCCCAUCUAUCGCCUCCGAGCAUCGAUACGGAGAUGGCCCUGGCGAACCCGCUCGCGCCGGAAGCAACCUGUGCCAAAAGUCCCAUCCUUUCGCAGCCGAAAACGAUCCGCUUCCCGGCGCCGUCCGGUACGGCACCGCACCACAACUUCGGCCGUAAGGGCUUCCGCCGGUCGGGCGACGGGCGGCUGUACGGCGUGUGCUACUGGCGGGACUGUGACAGCAAGUACGACAGCAACACGCAGCUGCUGGACCAUCUGCAGAACGCGCACGUCAACACGCAGAAGGACGGAACCGGCCUGUACGCUUGCCUGUGGGACGGCUGCAAGGUGCACAACAAGGAGUCGACCAAGUUUAACUGGCUGGAAAAGCACGUCCUAUCGCAUGCCUGUACCAAACUGCACAAGUGCAUCUUUGAAGGAUGCGGCAUGCGCUUCGCCUCACAGCCAAUGCUGGUAAAGCACGUCAACAGUCACGUGGAUGUGGACCGAAACAGCUCUGGCAAGCGAUCGUCCGAUCCGCCCGUCCCGAAGAUGCUACGUAAAACGGGCAAAAAACUGCGCUACCGUCGGCAACCGUGGUCAGCGCGCCGUUUUGAUUUCUUCGAUUCCGGCGUGAUGGAAGGGUUGCAGCAUCGCUUGAUACGGCUUGCCACCAUCGCAAGCGGACCGGGUGGAGCGAUAACGUUCCGUGGAUUGCAGCUAAGCCGUCGCCACAUACCGAGCGAAGGGACGGAAGUGCUCGUCCGAUGGUACCCAGCCGAUAUCUUACCGGACGAAUGGUUACCGGAGCUUCCGGCAGGGGAAAAGUUUGUGAAACAGGUCAACAUUCACAGUCUCUCCUUCGAGCAGCAGAAUGAACUGUCGGACUAUUUGAAGCACGAUCGGCUGAACCCAACGGCUGCUACGAUUGUGAACCCGUUUAUCGCGCUGCACGAGCACGAGUGUGCGUUGCCGGUGACGACGACGACGACGGCUGCCAGUGGUGGUAGCGGAAGCAGCUCCAAUCUGAGCAGUAUCAGCAGCAACAGCAGCUGCAGCUGGAGCAACAACAGCUUCUCGAACUGUCCAACAACCGAGAAGCGGUUUAAUUCACGCACGGCACCCAAGCAACAGCGCAAGCGCUCCAAACCAUCCGGUACAGGUUCUUCGACGGGAGGAUCUUCCAUUACAUCCACCGGAUUUUCGUCGCUGUUUUCAACCUCGCUAGCAUCACUGUCCGGUGGUGGAGGAGCAGGAGCGACCACUGCCAGUAAUACGGCCCCGUCGUCCUGUGGUAGUAGUAGUCGUGAUGGAAGCUGCGGCACAAUGCAACUGUCAUCCUCAUGCUCUUUAUCGUCGAUUUCGUUUACCUCCUCAUCGGGAUCCUCUUCCGCAACAUCAACGUCAUCCGGACUCGUGAUGAAACCAUCGUCCUCAGCCUCAUCCUGACCGUCGUCGAUGCCAACGAGAGCGCACAAUCAGAAGCGCAAAGUAAGACCCGCUCCGGUAAGCGAGCGUGUCAAACCAGUAGAAGCAAAGCCGGCAGCGCCCGCCGCUGCAGGAUCAUCAGUAAGCCGACAGGGCCGCAUCCGAUUGCUGUCGGCAAAGGCAGCCCAGUUGCCGUUGCAGCACCGUGAUGGCAAACGAAAAAACACAUCUCAUAGUGCAGCAGGGGAGCGGAAUCGUCGCAGUGCUGCCGCUGGAACCACUGGAACCGCAAACAGCAGGCGGUAAGGUGGAUGAUUGUAUUGUAUGAUGAUUAACGAAUAAUUGGUAUAUAGUAGUUGCUUCCACUCCUGCAUAGGAGGGGAGGGGUGGCACAACAUGUAAUUAGGGUGAAUGAAGUAGAAAUGUCUCCGCUCCGCUAAACGAUACAAUCCAUAACAAGAGCAAUUGCAAACUAGAAGUAUAGCCAGGGUUAGGAAGUAAUGUGUCUAAUGUGAAUUAAAAGCGCCAAACGCUACUAGCUUACUCUGUAAUAAGCGCACUGGGGCGCAUUUUUUAUCGACUGAUCCUACGCGCCUGGAGUGAGGAGAACUCUCCUCCAACUCUCCUCGGUUAAGAAAUUGCCCACCAAACACCACAUACUACUCACAUCUACACACUCACGCACACAAACACUCACACUCGUACACAAACAAACAAACAAACACGGACACUAGAACGUGGCCUGCAAGUAGCAUGUAAGUGCAACAGUAGCCAUUGAAGAUUUCUGAGUAUGAUGUGUACGUCGGUCGUGAAAGGAGGGUUAAUGUGAGGUUAUUAUUUUAAUUAAUUUACUCACCCGGUUCAGUGGUGUUCGAAUUGUGAAUAUAUUUUAGUUUAGAGCAAAAUGUUAGAUAAAUGUCGGCGAGGUAAGGCAAAGGCAUGUUUUUCUUCCUAAUUUUCCUCGUUCGGAAGUAGAGCUAAACUGCUGCUUUUGCGCUUGAUCUAUUACAUUUUCGACUACUAGUACAACAAGGGAAGCAAUGGAAGCGUAAGCCGUGUGCGUGAACUAUUAAGCUAAAGAAAGGAACUUUAUUUGUCGAAAUGAUUUGAAUGUAGCAGGAACUUGCGAUACACAAAUAUACACACUCACACAAACCAACCAACCAACCAUAGACACAUCCAUGGGCCGUAGGGAGAGCGUUGUUUAUAUCAUUAUUGUUUCUUUUCAAGCAGGAAAAUGGAAUAUAGCACUAAUAUGUCGAAUGUUCUGGUAUGCGCACAAAUAAGAGAAGAGACAACAAGAGAGGGAAAACGUGUAUUUGGUGCGUGUGCUGCGCGGUAUUAGCACUGCAUAGAAGUUGUCAGACAAAAUUAUUUCACUAAUCCGUUGAUCUCAAAAUAGUACUGUCUAGUGUGUAAAAGAGGACGCAGCACACAAGUGAGUGUGUGCGAGCGGUCACGGUGGCCUUGCAGCCGCGCGGAAGGAGGGCGCAUUGUCCCUGGGAGACGGGAGAGAUCACGCGCAAAGAACGUGCGUGUAGUAAAGGAGGGGAAACGUAACAUAAUUUGAUGCUAGUGAUGUAAUAAGGCUAGAAUUAGAGUACGCUGUGACCAUAGCAGCCACAUAGUACGGGAGGGCGUGUCGGGUUGAGAAUGACAAUAGUAGGCAUUACUCUCCUCGCAAAACAUCCUCCGAUAUUACGGGAACGUAACCACACCCAAACAAACGUACACGCACACAUGUAUGUACGCGUACACACAACACACACUACACGCCUCCACAAAAAGCAUGGUGAAAAUAGAGUAAUCUAGCAAUACAUUUCAAAAACAUUGCGAUGGAUUAAGACUGAAAAAUGUAUUUUUAUUAGAUUGUACAGUAAAGGAUGUGAAUGCGAAGGCGGAGGGUUAACCGAAGGCAUGGAAGCUGAAGGCGGAAGCACGUAAGAAAAAGGGCAAACAAUUGUGACUCACACACACCAAGGGAGCGGUAUAUAGUAUGGAAGGAUUGCAAUAAUUGUACACAAAUAAGCGGCGGGCAGAAGAUGAAACUACUUUUAUCACUUUUAACUAAUCCGCGCAUACCAUCCGCGGAAUGAAUUGGCAGGACAAUUACUCACUGUAAUAUGUGUGGUGCAUUUUGACGAUCAACAAGCAAUCUUAUCUUUGCAAUAAUGAUUACCAUGGCAACCAUGGGGAUGCGAAAAGUUGCAGGGCACGUGCUUGGAAGAAAGAAAGUGUUUGAUAUUGUAUUAUAAUCAAACCAAGUCCUUCUUUCAAUGUGGUGCUGAAUCGAAUCUUUCUUUUAAGUUGGUUCAUCUACCGUAAUCGAUCUGGAUCUCGUUUCUCGUUAUCAGACUCGUUUAUGCCUAAAGCUAAACCUGACGUGUGUGUGAUAACGUUUGUCUUCUUUUGUGUGACUCUUGGCUCUUCCUUACCAAUCAGAAAAAACAACCAAAACCUUCGUGUAUUAUCCUUUGCUGCAUUCGAUCCAAAAUUGGCUUUAUAGAAACAAAAACAAAAUUUAAAGUUAAAUGUGUGUAAUACAAAAUUAACUAAAAAUUAACAACCACUGUGCGCAUAGGGUUAAAAACGCUUAACAUACGAUCGUCGCCUCAGUCGAACAACUCUUCAACGAACGAACGAAAAAGGGAAGAUGCGCAAAGAAAUAUGAUCACUGCCAAAAAAAACACACACACAACUGAAAAAACUCUUUAAUCUAUAUGGGGGAAAGAAGAAACUUGACUGAAAUUAUGAAACUAAAUAUUAAAAGGAAGAAGAAAAAGAAGACACUAAAAUCGAACAAAGCGGAAAAGAAAAGGAAAGCAAAGGAACUGUGUAUAGUUGCGAUACGUAGAAUGUAAAAACCACCCGGAAAGGAUAGAGGGAAUGCAACUGCAUUUAAAGCUUUGCAAGAGUACAGAGGAAAAUAACUGAAACGGUUAAAACUAAUGAUGUUGCAAAAUUAACGCUGCCCGAGGACAGAAUCAAACCCGCAAAACACAAGAAACAACAUUCCGUCAAAUGUUAGGAAAGGUUUCCUUCGAUACUUCUGAUACAAAUCCUUCUAAACUGCCAGCUUGCGAAGAAAGAUUUAAAUGCGUGCACAAACGACAUCAACCAUCCAGCAGCAUUCUGGUGUUGGUAAACACAAACACUGCCAUUUAACACUGUCGAUUUAUACAUCUUUUUUUAUUCAGCAUCACGCUUUAUUAUUUACGGUUGCUUUAAUUUACAUUUGAUUCCUCGUCGUGUACUUGUUUAGCUUCCCCGUCGGUACAGUCGAUGCGUCAACGAGUGGGAAAAAUUUAGUUAAAUUUUGCGAAGAACUGUUUCUUUUCAUCGCCCUUCAACACUCCGCUCACUCACUACUGCCGAAAACACGAUAAGGUGCAACGGAUCGUGAGACAAGAGUUGUGUUCGUUUCUUGUCAAAGACCGCGUCGGACCAUGUUUGAGCCCGUUCUAUUUAGGUGUUAAAAUUUAAGUGAACUGUCGAUGAAAAGAAAAACGCUUAUGCUGUGGAGGCGAAACUGUACCGUAAUGCCAUCACGGGGGGCCAUCGAUCGUAUCCUUCCUACACCAGUGGAGGGGUACCAGUGGUUUUUUUGCUUCCCAUGGAAUUCCUUCCACCUUUCCGCUACGUUUCUAUUGUUUCGGACUGGCUGAGAGAAAAUAAUAUUUCUUUAGAAAUUUAUGUUUGGACUGAUUUUUAUAAAAUAGUUUUCUGCUAAGCGGUUAGGGUUACAUACACGAGUAAAUGGUUUUAGUGGCGUGAAAUUAGACGACGAUGCGACUACUCUAUCCUCUUGUGUUGUGUGUUACGUACGUUACGUACCAUCCGUUAGGUGCACUAUGUGUGUGCGUGUGUGUGUGUGACAAAAAGCACGGGGCCAUAACUCGAAAAAGCGCAGAACCAGCGAGACAUUUAGACGUCAAAAGCAAUGGACGGAAUUUGCCAUGUGCCCUGGCGCACAUUUGUAGUACAAUCGAAAUCGCUCUCUUUUAAGACGAUGCAAACUUGGCGCAAUCUUAAGCUAAGGGGUGAAUGGAACGCAUCCCAUCGCCUUUUUUCUUUCUAUAUCGUUAAGCGCAACUACUCGUUUAGGCACUAAUUUAUGUGAGCUUUUAUUUUUGAAAAGCAUUCAGAGCAUGUGCGUUCCCAAAAACGACACCAGCGCCGAGUCUCUUUAUAAGACACGACGAUAGAGCAAGCAAAGAAAAAAAAACGAAAACGUCCACCAAUUACAUACAUACAUUUAUCAAUAAAUGUUCUCUCUCUCUCUUUAUGUUUCCCUCCUUCGGUCAUUUUAGGGUGUGAGAAUGGUGUAGCAAAAGUAAAAAUACUAAAGAGCCCUAUCACUGCCGCUCCAUGCUUUUUAAGUGUUGUGAAAGGUUUGUUGGUGCCACUGGGUCAGCCCACAAACACCGUGUGGUAUAACCUUUUCUUUUGUCCAGAAAGGAUUUCUUAGCAAUAUUGUGCGUUUAGCAAAUCGAUCCUCCUAUGUGAGUGUGCGUGUGUUUGUACGGGCAGCACACGUGCUGCUGUGCUUUUUCCUCCUCUUAUAAUUUGGUGAUGGCGCACUAUUUUGCGCGACUGCUUAGCAUUUACGUAUUUACUGCAAAGAGACAGGAAAAGCGCACUUAGAUCUUCACAGCAACCACUUGCCCGUAUUGGUGAGCGCUCUUCAGCCUUCACAGCCCAACCUUUUCACGUUUAGACGAUUUAAGUGUAAUUUUAUUGUAAAAAUAUGACACCUACCUACCUAUCCGUCGCCGUCGUCUUCGUCGUGUACGUUGUGUUUUUUAGUUUAAUUUUUGUAACCCACUUCGUCUCGCUGUACACGCACACGCGCACAACUCGCAAUGUUUUGCGCAGCUGUACUGAUGGCGCUGAGGGCGAACAUAGUUUUAUAGUAUUUUUUAAUAGGAAAAGUUUAGUAUCAUCAUAACUGAAAAUGUUUAGUGUUAGGUUUAACCAUCUGUCUUCUCCUUAAUCGUAUCCUCAACCCACAACACGCAACCUAUUAUACGACUAAUUAGUACCGUAGGAUUCGAUGUUUGCUUUAAGUUCGUUAGUCUAGUAGCGUUUAAGUGUACACAGUGUAAGCAAACGAUCCCUCUCAUCUGUUGAGGAGCGGAGGAGGAGGGGGGGGGGUGCUUAGGGCUUACGACCCCCCCCCCCCCUCAGUACAAAAGCAAACCAAUCGACGAUGUGUCUUGUGUUUUGUAUUUCUCGUAUAAUAAUCCUUCCGAGACGGAUACACACACCUCAUUGUCGCGCAUGUUAGAUUUAAUACAACAAACAAGAAAAAACUACUACUACAACUACUACUGCCCAACUACUCCCAAAAUGUUCCUGCCACGAUCGCGAUCACACGCGUGUGUAUGUUCACUGUAACACGAUCCACUGGUGGGCCACGUGGGGCACUUAAAUGUGACGUGAAGUUUUUGAAAAAGAAAAUUGAAAAGAUAAAAAACUCAUCUUUUAUAUGAACGUUACGUUUUUUAUAUGUGUUUUAUUAUUUGCUUUUUCUUAUUGAUUGUUUUGUUCUCCUUAUUUUACUCGUCGUACGUGAUGAUGACAGUUUUCUUUCUUUCAUUUCAGAUAUUGUUUUAUUGUACUUUUCACUUUCUGUUUGCGUUAGAUGUGUGUGUUUUGUUCGACUUUUGUUUUCUUUUAGAUAAUUUAAUCCUUCUUUUCAUCCUCUUACAAUUUUAAUAUUAUACGGCAAAAUGGAGCUCUAUACCACUCGCAUAACCCCCUACACUACAAGGAUUCCAAGCUGGCACAGUUGUGUUGUUACCCUACUUUCCCCACCACGAACUCGAAUCGGCUGGCAGCAUAGUAAACGGCAAAGAGAAACGUUUAAGGAUGGAUGGAUUUCGUACAGGAGUGAAAAUAAUGUACCAUAAAGCUCUGCUCUGUCGAACGAUAAGUAGAAUUCGUAUCAAAUUGUAGGUGAUACUAUAUGUAAGUAAAGGUAGUAAGGGAAGGGUCGUAUAUACGCGUUAAGACAUGUCUUCACAUAAAGUGAUUAUGAGUAAUAAUUAAACAGUAGUUAACGGGCAGGGAAGGAGAUAAUGAGCUGACGGGUUGAGAUGAGCAGCGAAGAUAAAAACAUGAAAUAUAAAGCAUCAAAGUUAUUAACGGUGGGUCGGAAAAUACGAUACAAACAGGCGACGGUACUAAACAGAAUAUGCAAACCUUCUCCAGCUAUGAUUGUCAGGACAUGGUUCGUCAGUUGUAAAAAAAAGAAGAAAGGAACAUAUGAUCGACAUGAAGGAAAACCUCAGGGUGUUGGUUUAAUGUUUUUCCAACACAAAACACACAGAUACACCACCACACACACACACUCAAUUGUUUGCACGCCGCUACAGCGAUAAUCCAAUGAAAUCGAUUACGUGAAAGGGUUUUUAGCAACCAUAUGCCUCUGAUGUUUAAACAUGUUUUAACUAACUGUGUUCUUUAGGUGUUUGUACCGUUGCCUAUUCAUUCUCUCAAUCAGGGAGAGAGCAAGAGAGAGAGAGCAAGAGAGAGAGAGAGAGAGAGAGAGAGAGAGAGAGAGAGAGAGAGAGAGAGAGAGAGAGAGAGAGGGGGGAGACGGGAAACUCUACCAUUCGCUUUCAUUACUUUUAAGGAACGAUGCGAUUAACCAAUGUAAGAUCGUACAGGGGGAAGGUGGCGAUAAAACACGCAUACAAGAGAAAAAAAAAGGUUGAAUGGAGCUGAAAUCGAAGCAGGGAGGUAUAGACAGGAGACACAACUGGUGGCUGGCAACGGAACGGUUUCGGGAAAAUCAGUGCAGCAAAAGACAAUGUGGAAACUCGAGACACGAAAGGAAGAAAGGAUGCGAAGUGAUUGCUGCAGAAGAAUGAAAAAUUGAGAGAUCGACAAAAAGAGAAUAAAAGCGAUUAGAUAAUUGAAGCGACAAUGCAAAAGUGUGAAACGUAUUGGCUACGAGUUGGUGAAACGUGCCUAUAAGGAAAAUAAACCAACAAACUUUCCUAUCAAAUGGAAGCAAAAUUAAGCAAGACAAGAGGCUGGUGGUGGUGGUGGUGAUGAUGAUGGUGGCUGGAUGGCAGGGAAACAAUAGUGGGCGGAUAGUGGCAAGGAGAAAAUAGGACUAGAAACGAUUAGCGAGACACUUUUGAAGGUGGAUAAAGCAUAUAGAAAGGCAGCAGAGCAGUUUGCUAAUUGUGCCAUUGGAUCAGAGAAUUGGAAACAGGAAAGGAAAAUGGGGAUGCUCUCGAUAAAAGAGCGAAACCCCCGUUAAGAAGAGAUAGGAUUAGGGGAAAAUGGCAAACAUAUGACCUUUACCUCAGAGCAAGAAACUAGCGUGUAGCAUAAAUGUGUUGGCAUGGCAGAGGGGAAAGGCGAUCAGGCGGUGAAGGAGAGAAUGUUUUCAGUGAGGAAUGGUUUAGAAGAAAUUGUACAUAGGCUAAGCGUGUCGUAAACUAUCCCCAGCAAAAUGGCGUUGGAAAAGUUGGCAGGACACACACACACAGCUAACCCAAUAUAUAUCAGCUCAAGCGAUUGGUUUUGAAAGUCACUCCGAGGGUUAGAAGCAAUGAAAGCCAAUGAGUAAAUUCCGCAUUAAAAUGUGCGCGACACUGGCAUGAAUUGACUUUCCUUAAGUGAGCAAAACAAAAAACUAAAGCUUGUGGCGGUUUGUGUGUAAGUAGAUGUUGUUCUAGAAAUAUGGAAACAGAAUGAAGCAAAACAAAAACGGUAAGGAAAAGCAAAGAAAGUAAAACUAACACAAAGUGGAAAAUGAAAUGAUUAUGCUAUAAUCCUACAGAAACUAGUGGAAUUUAGAGCAGUGCUGCAACAAACGAACAAAAAGAAGUAAAAAAACAGACGGCAACUCGUGUAAUGGAAUGUGUAUGUAUCAUGUAUGUAGAUGGAAACAGUAAUGGGCAAAAACAAACUAAACAAACUGUAUUAGUAACGUAUUCAUUGUAUGGAAAGGAAAACAAAAGGUAACAGAAUAGGUACCGGUGUCGUGUAACAGGCAGCUUAGUCGUACGUAGUAAAGUGUGUUUUAUGAUGGUAAAAAUUGGUAAAUAAUCGCUCGAACCCGACGGUAGUAAAUAGUACAAGUCAGUUUAAUCAGUAAUGCUUUUCGUACUUUUUUCGGUACCUUUUUACCUCUUUUCCGUUUGUCUCCGUUUCUAAAAUCGUUUCUAAGUUACAUGUUUUUUUUUACAACUAAACCUUUAUGGAAAAAAGGGAAAAAUAAACAAACAAAAAACAUUGAAAACAGGAAGCAAAAAGGAAAACAAGCGAAUUCGAUGAUUCGAUAAAGGACCAGAACUAAGUAAACUAAGGGACAUAUAGUGAAACAAAGCGUAAUACGCAAAUCGAGAAGCAAAACAUGAAAGCAAAACCACAAUAGCGAACGAAAAAAAACGAGGACUUAAUGAGCCAAGACAAAAAAGAAUCAAUACAAAAACAUCCAACACAGUUGAAAUUACUAUAUUUGGGUAAUGGAAAAUAAAACAAGGAAUGAAGGAAAGCAAAAUCAGCAGAAGAGAAGGAGAGCAACAAAAAUGCACAACCCCACGGGUACACACCAAUUUAUACAUUCAAACUACUCCCCAUAAAACAACAAACAACCAAAAACACUACAUAAAUGCCAUUGGAAGGUAUAAAAAUGAAAUACAUAUUUUUCAUACUAACAAACAAACAAGAAAAGAAAAGAGUAAGUGCACCUACAGGAAAAUAAAGAAAUGAACAAAACAUAACAUAAAAUGCAAAAUUAGCGAAACAGCAACAAAAGACGGUACAGUUUGAAAACGGAAACAUGGAAAUAGUUUGCAUAGUGACAGACAUGAACAAAAUGGAACUACCUCAUUAAUGUUUAGAGCAUACAUACAUACAGCAGCACAAAAUCAGAAAGUCAAACACAACCGAAAAAAGGUCAAAAUCUUACAACAGGAAAAAGAAGUAAUAGAAAGUACCAACAACGAGCAACAACAAAAAAAACAAUUAGAGCAAAAAAAGGAGACGAAAGAAAAAGAAACGAGGCUACUAAAAGUUUGAGUUUAAAGUUAGUAGACAACACAAAAAAGCAAAAAUAAAAUAACAAAAGAAGCAAGGUUUUUAUCAAAAUCAAACAACAGUCGAAUCGAAAUUCCGGACACCAUGUACGAUGAAAAGAAACACAACAAUUGGGUGAAAAACAAAUCAAUUUGGAUUGGAAAUUGGAAAGUUCACAGGCGAAAAUUGUUUGUAGAAAAAAAGGGAAAUGUGAAAAAAGGUCUGUUUUUAUGUUAAACUAUUUUAGCCCAUCGUUACGUUGAUUUGCUUACACUGCACCGUUUGGUUGUACCGUUUAGUAUAGAAGUUGGGCACAUGAAAUGUAAUUAUCGUGAAUUCUGCUGUAGUUAAACACUUGCAUCGGACAGCACUCCCCCGGUUCCAUAUCCCUUCUAAAGCUCUCUCUAGCUCAUUCUGUGUGCCGUACUUUCAGUGGCGCAAACCCGCAAAAGGACCAUCGGUUAGGAUUUCCUUCUCUAUAUCACCCCGUUUGCUUGUACAAUUAAAUGAGCUUUCCACUCUAUAUUACCUAAAAGGAGAGAAUCUGAAUGAUUUGGAAACUUUUUCCCAGCUGUUCCUUCAAUUGUCCUGCCUUCCUCGACUCUGUACCCUGCAAUGGGUACGAUUUCUUAAUUAGAAACUGCCAAAAACGGACAGCUAUUAUCAACAACCAAUAAGUAAGGAAAGCAAGUACGAGUCUAUUAGAUCGAUUAUAUUGGCAUGAAUGUAAUAUUAAAGCAUAGCAACAA